CGGAGCCGGUGCCCCCGGUGCCCCCCCGCGGGCCGGCGCUGCGGCGGCACAACCGGCACAAGCGGCGGCCGCUCCCGGGCUGCGGUGUCGCACGGCGGCGGCGGCGGCUCGUCCCCGGGCAGGUGUCCGGGGGCUGCCAGGGAGCGCUGCCCCAUCCCUCUCUCCCCCUGUAGCGCAGAGGGACCCCCCGAGCCAGGCCAGGCGCCUGUCCCGCUGCAGCGCUCGUCCCCCGGUGUGCCCCAGCAGCAUGGGGAAGCAGAACAGCAAACUGCGCCCUGAGAUGCUCCAGGACCUGCGGGAAAACACCGAGUUCUCCGAGCUGGAGCUGCAGGGCUGGUACAAGGGCUUCCUGAAGGACUGUCCCUCCGGCAUCCUCAACGUGGAGGAGUUCAAGAAGAUCUACGCCAACUUCUUCCCCUACGGCGACGCCUCCAAGUUCGCCGAGCACGUCUUCCGCACCUUCGACACCAAUGGUGACGGCACCAUCGACUUCCGAGAGUUCAUCAUCGCCCUGAGCGUCACCUCCCGCGGGAAGCUGGAGCAGAAGCUCAUGUGGGCCUUCAGCAUGUACGACCUGGACGGCAACGGCUACAUCAGCCGGGAGGAGAUGCUGGAGAUCGUGCAGGCCAUCUACAAAAUGGUCUCCUCCGUGAUGAACAUGCCCGAAGACGAAUCGACUCCGGAGAAAAGGACGGAAAAAAUCUUCCGACAGAUGGAUACUAAUAACGACGGGAAGCUCUCGCUGGAGGAAUUCAUCAGAGGUGCCAAGAGCGACCCGUCCAUUGUGCGCCUGCUGCAGUGCGACCCCAGCGGUGCCGCUCAGCUCUGAGCCCCACGGCCCCCUGCGGCUCCCCACGGCCCCCCACAGCCCCACGCCACCCCCUGACCCUGCAGAUGGCCACUGCCACUGUCACCUGCCCGGCCUCACGGUCCCCACCGCUGUGUCCCCACAGCCCCACACGGGGAGAGAGCUGGAGCCUGGACAAGGCUGGGAUGACGGGGAGCCUGGUCCCCAUCGCCAGGGGCUCCUGCACUGGCUUAACUGGGGGGAGGAUGAGGCAGCAGCUGCCCCAGUGAGGACGGUCCCCCCUGCACCAGGGGCUUGGAGCAGGGGGACAACCCAGCCCAGUGGGAAAGGCUGGUGACAAAGCCACAGCUGCAUCUC